CCACCAUACAGGUUGAUACUUGAAAGAUCAAACCUUGCCUUUUUUUAAAAAACGACCUGAAGCCAAACGGAAAUCCAAUUUUUCUUCAAUAAUAUAUAAAGAAGAAAUUAAGAUAUUAAAAUGAAAAUCCUUCAGUGUGUCAGUCGGCCACGUUCAGUUUUACUAACUCGACGACCCAUCUAGACGUUUCUCCUUCACGAUUUGUUUCUCUCUCCUGCCCCACCCCGCUGCUGAUUCACUUUUCUCUUCUUUUCUUGUCCGCCUUCUUUGCAUCUAAUCAGGAAAUUUUUGAUACCCCAGAAAAUUGUUCAAAUCUUGACUUUGAUUUCUGGUUAUUCUGGGGGGAAUCAAAUCACGGAUAUUCGUAUUUUUUGCGUGUGAAAAGACGAGAAUGCCACAGGAUUCUUCGUCUGAGCAAGACCCUGACGAUUCUGAUGCGGAGUUCGUUGAGAUUGAUCCAACUGGUCGCUAUGGUCGGUAUAAGGAGGUUCUAGGAAGAGGGGCUUUCAAAAAAGUAUAUAGAGCAUUUGAUGAACUUGAAGGAAUAGAAGUAGCAUGGAAUCAGGUUAAGCUGUCAGAUCUAUUACGUAAUUCUGAAGAUUUGGAACGUCUUUAUUCAGAAGUUCAUUUGCUUAAGACUUUAAAACACAAAAAUAUUAUAAAGUUUUACAAUUCGUGGGUUGACACCAAACAUGAGCAUAUCAACAUUAUUACUGAGAUUUUCACUUCAGGGACAUUGAGGCAGUAUAGGAAGAAACAUAAGCAUGUUGAUUUGAGAGCAUUAAAAAAAUGGUCCAAGCAGAUCUUGGAGGGGCUAUUAUAUCUUCACAGUCAUGAUCCUCCUGUGAUUCAUAGAGAUUUGAAGUGCGAUAAUAUUUUUGUCAAUGGAAACCAAGGCGAGGUGAAAAUUGGUGAUUUAGGACUGGCUGCCGUUCUGUGUCAGGCUCGAUCAGCUCAUAGUGUUAUUGGUACUCCUGAGUUUAUGGCACCAGAACUUUAUGAGGAGGAAUACAAUGAGCUUGUGGAUAUUUAUGCUUUUGGGAUGUGCUUGCUAGAGUUGGUGACUUUUGAGUAUCCAUAUGUCGAAUGUGCCAAUGCUGCUCAAAUUUUCAAGAAAGUGACAUCGGGAGUAAAACCUGCGUCACUUGCGAAAGUGACGGAUCCUGAUGUUAGAGCAUUUAUAGAAAAGUGUAUUGCAAAAGUCCCAGAUCGCUUGCCUGCCAAGGAACUCUUGAAUGAUCCUUUUCUUUGGUCAGAUGAGGAAAGUGAGACCAUAGGCUGUUCAAUGAAACCUAAAACUUACAAUUCAGAUUUUAGUUGUGAUCAACUUGAUAUUGAUAAAAGCACUAAGAAUUUACCUGCUGAGAGUGGCAUUGACUUAACAGUGCAAGGUCAAAGGAAAGACAUUCACACAAUAUUCCUGAAACUGCGAAUAGCAGAUUCUACAGGUCAUUUUCGAAAUAUCCACUUUCCUUUCGAUAUUGAGGCUGAUACAUCGACUGCGGUUGCUGGUGAAAUGGUUGAGGAGUUAGACCUCACAGAUCAAGAUGUUUCAACAAUUGCUGAAAUUAUUGACUCAGAAAUUCGAUCCCUUAUUCCAGAUUGGUCACCUCGGAAAACUUUUGGAGGUGAAAUCAGUAGAGUGUUUGCAAAUACUGACGACCAUCUGGUGGCAAAGGAUGAUGCUUCUGUCGAGACUAGUGAGUCACCUUCUUCUCUUGGUAGUCUCUCAUUGGAAAGAUUGCCAUCAGGUAGAAAAUAUUGGUCUGACUCACCAAAGGCAGCUGGUGCAAACUCUCUAAGUAGACCAGGUCUUUCAAACUUGUCUUCGCCGGCAGAUACAAAUAAUACACGAGAUUGUUUAAUUGAACUUAAUGAACAAUCUCCGGUUCGCUAUGCAGAUGGAGGUAAUCUAAAUGGUACUGUAUCAGUUGAAGAACUGGAGGUUGAACUCAUGCUCCGUGCAGGUGAGGGAAACAAGGAUAAUGGCAAUGAGACAACUCCAUCAGAAGAAACCAACAAGAUAUUAAAUGACACUGAAACAGAGGUAAAGAGAAUAGCCAAUGAGCUCGAGUCUGUAAUUAUGAAGCAGGAAAAGGAGCUAGAUGAGCUAAGGAGGAAGCAUGAACUAGCUAUAUCCAGCUUUCUAAACGAACUUUCUCCGGAUCUCUGUCAAAAGGUGUUGCAAGCAUGCAAGCUGAAGAUUACGGAUUAUAAGAGGCAGGUUGAGCGACAAUGCUAGCAUUUGCACCGAGAUCAAAUUUUUUAACAAUUGGAAUGUUAAAAAUUUGAAAUUCAAGACAAUCUAAAACUUGGGGGGGUGAAGAUAUUCUACAGUGGCCAAAGAUUUUCCACAUUCUUUGCUUGUAUAGAAAAGGAUGUAGCACUGAGCUGGGGGAAAAAGAAAUGAAAGAAAAUGUAGCACAUGUUGAAAGGAAAGUCCAAUAUAAUAUGGAUGUAUCGUCAUACUGAGACCUGACAGACGAUGCAAUGGAGGCCCAAGGAGUCGUGGUUUUCAAAGUUGCCUCCACUAAAGGUUAGCAGAUAUUGGGAUAUAGAAACAAUUUACGGUGCACAAGCUUGGAUUCUGUUCAGGAGAUGCAUACUUUCUUUAAGUUUUUCUGUAUAGUGUAUUUUUUAUUAUCAGCCUAGAUGUAUCAACACAUGAUUACACGCAUUUUCUCUCCGUUCUUGUUUGUUUUGUCUGAAAUGUGUUGCAAUGCACUUACACUUGUAAAUAUUGCCCAUCAAUUUGUUCUAUUUACAUGGUAAUCUACUGUUUAGGACUUAAAAACUGUCGUUGCAUGGUUCCAUUUGUCCUGUAAUUUACCUGCUUUGUUCAUCUACUCUCUGAAACAAGUGAGAGUUAUGGUUUUCUGAA